CAGUCAGUCUGUACACGGUUGAUCACAAUAGGAAGUUAACGUCAUUGUGAUGACCCAGCAAUUCUUCAAGAUCAACGUCACAACGCAACUAGAUACGCUGACUUCAAGCAUUCUACCGCUAUGUGCGGUCUACAACGACACGGUGCAACUCCGUCCGUAGACACUGAGUAGGAUAUACGCCAUCCGCCACAGCCGCCAUGGUCCAGACAUCACCACACACGCUGAUUCCGGGACUUCCUGUGGUGGCAGGAAAUGAUGUCACUCUGCGCUGUAGAAGCAAAGAUCUGGUCGCACUCGAAGCCUUUUUCAUCAGGAAUGGUUCUAAACUUGGAUCUGGACCUAAAGGACAGUUUACCAUCAGGAACAUCAGUCAGUCUGAUGAAGGUCUCUACUGGUGUUACUUUGAUAAGACUGAAGAAUCUCCUCGGAGAUGGCUGAGCGUCAGAGGUCCUCCUGCUCCUCUUCCUUCUGCUCCCUCUGCUCCUUCUUCUUCUCGUCCUCCCCUUCUUUCUGCUCUUUCUUCCUCUCCUCCUCCUCCUCCUCCUCCUCCCUCAGCCUCCCCCCCUCUCUCCCUUCCCCUCCUUGUUGGAGCCGCUGUGGGUUCUCUGGUUCUCCUGGUUCUGGUCCUGGUUGGAGUUCUGUGGCUCUGCAGGAAUCAAACAGGUCUGUCUGUGCUGACUGCUGCAGGUGUGCUGACUGCUGCAGGUGCAGCUGUGUUGCUGUGUGGACUGAUGGUUUCUGCAGGUGAGCUGAUGGAAGCCUCCUCUCUGUCUGUGCUCAGACUCUGCUGCCAUCUAGUGGUCUUCUGUCCGUACUGCGUCUCUACUGGUCUGAUGCUGUCCAUCUGCUGCGGCAGGAAGACGGGAAACCGAGCGGCCGUCUCCACGGAGAUGACCCGGCGGGUCGGAGGAAGCGAUGACAUCGCUGCUGAUGUCACCGCUGAGCACGCCUUCUGAGCUGUGAACACAGUGACAGCAGCUGUCUUUAACGUGGACAUGAGAGUUUCUACCAUCUGCUCUUAUGGAGACGCUGCUGGAGAGCUUUGUCUUCUAGUGUUUCUCAACGGGGGCGGUACAGACUCCCCAGGGGGCGUUGGAGGACGAUGGGGGGCGCUGGAAGCAAUAUUUUGGAAGGGGGGGGGGGGGGGGGGGGGGC